AUGAUCGCCUUGACAGAGGGAUCGGACCAGAGGAAAGAGAUGGACGUAUGGAGGAGUGGGAUGAUGAGCUGUUGGGACAAAACCGACGAGUCUUCGAAAGAAGGGAAAGAUUGUAUUAUGUAUGCCGCUAGUGGAUUUAUAUUUGCAAAGAUUUUCCAGGCUGUUUGUAGGGUGGCAAACCUCAAUGACCCAGGCUACGUCAUGAAGUUCGUUCGUGGUGGUGAGGGAAAUGGUUUGAAUCAGGACUGGUCAGGUCGAAGGGUGUCAUGUUGGGGAUGGGUAGUGUGCCAAAGCCGAGUGCGGGCGUUCGAGUCGUCGGAGUCGUCCAAGUUAGGAAGUGAGGUAGUGCCAGUGACACAACCAUUAAGACAGCGUGGCGGAUAA